UAAACGUGUAAGCUCUCAAGAGUACGGACGGAACGUGCAAAACGAGAUACACGUUUGAUCACCUGACUAGUCCACAGAGAUAAAUAACCGAAACCUAGCAGUUUGAUCAUUUCAUCGUGUUUCAGCUUUCUCUGUGUUGUAAAAUUAUCGUUCAAUUAGCCUUGCAGAAUGAAGACUGCUUAUUUCUUCGUGGUUCUGCUGGCCUUGACCUUCGUCCCAGAGCACGUGGAUGGCUGGUUUUUCCGGUCUGUGCGCAGAAUUCGCUUCAGUCCGUACCACACGCUGGGUUGUAUGGCGGCCUGCAAGUGGGCCAGGAGCUGGGCGUGUAAGGCCUGCAAGAGGAAGAGGGGACUCGAUGUGCCGGAUGCAGAUGAGGAUGACGUCACCAAGGUUAUGCAUGAUUUGGAUUUGAACGGAGAUGGUUUUGUUGAACUUGUCGAGAUCGCUCACGUGACGGGUCUGAAAAUGUCUAAUCCAAUUCUACUGGCUAAAUUCCACAAAGCCGAUACAGACGGUGAUGGCGAACUGGACCUACCUGAAUUGGCAGCUUUCCACUUCGAGAACAAAAAGGAAUUUCUGGAAGCCAUUGCCGAGCACGGACAUUAACAUGAGAAGCAUCAUCCAGCACAUUCGGCCGACACUUGUCGUUAUGUCAUGUACGCGGGUGAAGGGUUUUCAAUAAAUAUUUAAAAAAAAAAAAAAAAUUCGUUGCG